AUGGAAAGUUCUGACAAUUCCUUUCAAAAACGUAUUGAGAAUCUAUUCAGAGUUUUGAUACAAAGAUGUUUGAAUGACGACGGACUUCUCGAUUUAAAGACUGAUAUCGAAAAAUUUGCUAGUAUCUACAAAGACCAGACAUCAAAUGAACAAAAGGAAUCUUUAAAUGCAUUAGUAAGAGAAAUAGACCAUUUUAUAAGUAUAGUGGGUAAUUGCAAGAUUCAAAUACCGGAUGUUGCAGCGGAAGAAGAGUUGUUAUCAAAAACACUAAACGAUAUUUUUCCUGAAUUACAGAGCGAUGAUAUUAAUAGUGCUGCUCGCAAAAUAUUUAAUGAUAUUUACAAUUUAAAUGAGGAAUUUGGCCAUAGUAUACUACAAGAAGAAGCUGAAAACUUCUCGGUAUCGGAUUUUGUUUCAAGAAAAAUUCAAUCCUUUCAAGAUAAACUUAAUGAGAAACUAAGUAAUUUUGUUGGUCAUAAUGAAGUUAUUGAUGCAAUAUUGGGGUAUUAUAGAAAACUCAAACCCUCUGACUUAUCCCAAAAGGCCCCUACUGGUACUGGUAUCAUUGAAAGAGUCAUUCAAAAGAUUAAGGAAUUAGGGGUAGGUGGUAUACUCAUUGGGUUUAUUAUUGUGUUAGUUAUCCAGGGGAUUCUCUGGGCCACUGGACAACAUGAUGGAGUGAUCGGGAAGGCAUGGAGUACAACAUUAUAUUCAGUGGCAACGAUUGGAGCAAUGUUAUAUCUAGUAUGGGUUGCUAAAAAAAGUUAUAAUUCGCUUGAUCGUGCUUAUAGUGUAAUAACGGGAGAGGUUACUCAUGGUGGAAUAAUGGAAGUGCUGACGAACAGAGAAACACUGACGGCGAUUGCAAGCAUGAUACCGAUGGUUGUUGGAAUUCCGAACAUGGGAACCAUUCUGAGCAGUAUAUAUGGCUUAACGGUUGCUGCGACUAGUAUUGUGAUGAUAUAUGUUCAUAAUCUUUCAUUGACUGAAAUGAACUUGAAGGAGAUAGGUGUAGUUAUGGUUGGAAACAUUUUGGUGAUUUCACUAUACCUUAUUGGGUAUAAGAAGAGUUUUGAAGACGAUGGCUAUGGACCCAACUAUCGAAUGCAUAUCGGAAUGAUUAUAUUCGUCUUCCUUCUACUCCUUUUGUCCUUCAUUUCGAAAAGAAAGACUAAUAACACUACAGAACCCGGGAUUAAGUCUCAUGUAGUGUUUACGAUAACCUUACUAGUUAGUACGUUUGUGUCCUUUGUCGCAGGGCGUGAAUACAGACAACUAUAUGGAGGCGUGAACGGUUACGAGAGUCGCACAGCUGCCUGA